AUGCAGCCAAUUUCUAUUGCCUCGGCGCUGCUAUUAGGCCAUGCUGCUGCAACAUUCUCAGCCUACGAACAGAAGCCUAUAAAAUCGGUGCAUCUGCGCGAACCAGAUGGCACAGCGGACGCCAGCUGCAGGUGCUUUCCUGGCGACGCGUGCUGGCCGUCUGACGCCGAGUGGUCGUCCCUGAACGCGACAGUCGGGGGACGACUCAUUGCCACAGUCCCCCUUGGAUCCCCUUGUCAUGACCCUCAGUACGACGAAGAGCAGUGUGCGUACCUCAGGGACCAAUGGCUGUACGCCGGCAUCCACCUCAACUCCAGCUCGAGCGUGAUGGCCCCGUUCUUCGCCAAUCAGAGCUGCGACCCCUGGACUCCGCGUGAGCGGCCGUGUGAGCUGGGCGUGUAUGUGCGCUAUGCCGUCAAUGCCACCGAUGCCGACCACAUUGCCGCCGCAGUCAACUUCGCCAGGAAACAAAAUGUCCGCCUAGUCAUCCGGAACACUGGGCACGACUACCUGGGCCGCUCCACCGGCGCCGGGGCCCUGGCGGUCUGGACUCACCACCUUAAGGAUAUCACGCCGGUCGAAUGGGACGAUGCGAGCUUCACUGGCACGGCUCUCAAGCUGGGGGCAGGUGUUCAGGGGUACGAGAUGCUGCAGGCUGCUACUGCCCUCGGCCGUGUCGCUGUUGGGGGAGAAUGUCCUACUGUCGGUGUGGCUGGGGGCUACACACAAGGCGGCGGGCACUCUGCUUUGAGCACAAACUUUGGACUCGCUGCCGACCAGACCCUGUCAUUUGAGGUUGUGACUGCCAGUGGCAAGCUUGUCACUGCUUCCAAGACUGAAAAUGCUGAGCUCUACUGGGCUCUGAGCGGAGGUGGCGCCGGAAACUACGGCGUCGUCGUCUCUAUGACAGUAAAGACCUACCCAGAAGCAAUCGUCAGCGGCCUCAAGCUGUCCAUCGAGAAGGCCGACAACAACAACUCAACUGACCAGAUCUUCCGCGCCGUGGACGCAUUCCAUGCCGCCCUCCCGGACCUAGUCGACUUCGGCACAAUGGUGAUCUACUACUUCACGACCGACUACCUCAGCAUCUCCGCCCUGACAGCCUACAAUAAGACUCAGGCUCAGCUCGAGCAGGCCAUGGAGCCGUUCCUCUCAACGCUGGGAUCACUAGGCCUGCGACACAGCGUCAACUACACCGAGAGCCCGACCUACUACGACUACUACAGCGCCUACUGGGGCCCCUUGCCAGACGGCUGGAUCCAAGUCGGCACAGCCAACUUCGGUGGCCGGCUGAUCUCGCGGCCCCAGCUGGCCAACUUCUCGGCUGCGGCUCGCGCUAUCGUCGAAGAGGGCGGCAUCUUCAUCGGCGUGGGCACUAACGUAGGGCCCUUCGGCGGUGAGAACGAGAACGCGGUGCUCCCCGCGUGGCGCGAUGCAAUCGUCUCUGCAUCUCUCGAGGUGCCAUUCAGCUUCGAGGCUCCGUGGGACGACGUAUUUGGCGAGCUGGACCUCAUCACUGACGUCUUGCAGCCUAUUAUCGAAGCAGCGACGCCCGGAAUGGGAUCGUACAUCAACGAAGGGGACUUCAGGCAGCCCAACUGGCAGAAGGUGUUUUAUGGGGCUAAUUAUGACAGGCUAUCGUCUGUGAAGAGAAAAUGGGACCCCGAAGGGCUGUUCUACUGUGGUGUUGCAGUUGGCAGUGAAAAUUGGGUGGUCACUGGAAAUGGACGGCUGUGCAGGGCUUGA